CUGGUGGCGCGCUGGGAGUUUAAUGAAGGUAAAGGCAAUACCGUUAAAGAUAGCUCCGGCAAGGGCCACGAUGGUGACUUCGCCGGUGGGGAUCCACAGUGGGUACCUGGUGUUGCGGGCAGUGCAUUGGCGUUUGAUGGUGAUGACUACGUUGCCAUUGAUGCUUGGAUUACAGAAACGGGUGCUGCAGAUUUCACGAUUACGGCUUGGAUAAAAACCACCAAGACCAGCGUUAGCUUUCUGACGAAGAACAAUGAGGAUCGGGUACUUGACUUUCAUGAAAAACUGUUUUAUGUGGGAGAUGCGGCGACUUCAGGAGGCGGUAAGACCGGAGCCGUCGAAUGGGUCGGUCAUAGCUGCGACUGGAUACGAGGCGAUACAGAUGUUUCGGACGGCAAGUGGCAUCAUGUUGCCGUGACUUGGGAGUUCAAAGCACUUGAGGGGCAUAUCUAUGUCAAUGGUAUAGAAGGCGUUCAUCACAUGGGGUAUAACGGUGGCGAGGAUAUUAAAGGAAACACAUGGCAGAUUGGAUUUACGAGUGGCUGGCCCGGUGGGGUCGAUUACGAGGGUGCCGUUGACGACAUCCGAAUUUACGACUCGACACUGACUGCCAAUGAGAUUGAAGAGGCUAUGGUAGAAGGGCUGGCGGUUGACCCGACUGGUCUCCUCGCUGUCAGUUGGGCGGAGAUCAAGACGCGAUAG